AUGGGCGACCAGUGUACUCUACGCCUCGUGCGAGAGUUGAGACAGGUUGAGCGGAGUGAGCAGCUUGCUUUUACUAUCAGUUAUGAAGAAAAUAAUAUUCGUGAUAUUCAGGCCCUUAUCGUCGGGCCUCCAGGCACCCCAUAUGAACUGGGGUUUUAUGAGUUCUCAAUCAAAAUCCCACCAGAUUAUCCGGCGAAUCCACCUGUGGUGAAGAUCAGGACGACCAACAAGGGCCGAACACGCUUCGGCCCUAAUCUCUAUGCCAAUGGGAAGGUCGAUCUUGGGGUAAGCCUGUCUAAAAGCACUAUGAAUGUGACUGAACAUGGCGAUAGCACUUGGCAUGGUUCCCGAGGAGAGCAGUGGUCGCCCGCACAGGGGCUUGAAUCGGUUCUUUUAUCGAUUCAGAGUUUGUUGUCGGCAAAUCCCUACACGCUCGAGCCAGGCUUUGAGGACACUGAAAGAACGAACGACACGGAGAAUAUGGAAAUCUACAAAUCCAAGAUACGCCAUGAGAAUCUACGACUCGCAGUCAUCACACCCCUUGAGCAAGCUAUCCAAACUUCGCCUCCUCGCCGCCGAAUGCCACCAACGGACGGUCCGUCCCCAAGCCAGGGAGAAGAUAGCGAUGCCGAAGCAGAACCAGAUUUCAGUACUUACAGUAGCUUCCAAGACUUUUGCAAGCGACGGUUCCUGUGGUACUUCGAGUUUUACCAAAAUGCCAUCGAGAAAGCUAUCGCAGAUGAGCCUAGAAGGCAAGGCACACCUUUUGUCCAGAUGCCAUUUGAGGGCCAAGGCAACAGCAUGACGGGCGAGUGGAACUACGUUGAUUUGAAAGCCCGCUUGCUGGCUGUUCGCGAUCAAUUGCUUGAAGAGACACGUUGCUGGCUCGUCGAGGGUUUGGCUUUGGUCGAGGAGGAUGCCGGAAUUGCAGUGAAACUGAGGGGCCAACGUGAACAGAUUGCUGCGGAGCUGAGCACUAAUCCUCAAAUCAUCGAUCUGUCACUGGUUGAUGACAAUCCUUUCGCCUGGCGACUCACAUACGUUGGUCGCAAUGAGUCCAGACUAGAAGGGGGUAUCAUCAAGAUCAAAAUUUAUAUCAGCCCCAGACACCCGGAAGAACAACCCCGUGCCUUUGUUGAGACACCUCUCUAUCAUAUCCGAGUCUCCAAGCUGGGCGUUUUGAUGUAUCUUCCUUCGCAAGCUGAAGAGAUGGGCCAUCACAUCGAGGGUAUCAUCAGCACCCUGGAAGACGAUAAUCCGCCAUACAAUCCCCUCAUGACGGUCAACCCGGAGGCAAGUGGUCUGUGCUGGGGCUCAGAACUGGAUCGCAGGGUCUAUAGGCGCAAGCUUCGGGCGUCUCUGGAGGAGUCUUGA